ACGGGGAGUCGCAUUAAAACGUCUUGUAUUAAGUGACCAAUCACAGCGCUCGUUAUUAGCACAGCCGGUCACAGAAACAGCUGCUGCAAAGGUGACGUUUAGCCGACCCAACACCAUUUUAAAAACAGAGGGGUGGCACAAAUAUAAGCAUGUCUUCUCUCAGGAGGACGGCGGGUGUCCUCCAAACCGGCCUGCAGCUCUUCAGACGCGGACCUCGGCAGAUGACCGUCAGAAAGGCAGGAGGCGGCACUCAUAUUGAACCCCAAUACAGACAAUCUCCUCAGCUCACCAGGAACCAGAAGUUUCAGGCCGAGCUGCUCAGCGGCGCCAUGUGGUUCUGGAUCCUGUGGCACACCUGGCACGACCCGGACGCCGUACUGGGUCAUUUCCCCUGGCCGGACACUUCCGCAUGGACGGAUGAGGAGCUGGGAAUCCCGCCUGAUGAUGAAGAGUAGAUUCGCCCCCAACAACCCAAUGCACAUAUGUGUUCAACUCAUUUACAUACAGGAGAAAUGGCUCAUUUCCUCCGUGCAGUUGACAACAGCAUGCAUGACUGAUAUUUAUCUUCUCCGAUUUGCAUUUGCAGAUGUGCACCAGAUCACAAAACCCGCACAUUUUCUGUAGAGCAAACUGAAAGUGCCUGUUGUGUAUAUGGACUUAUUGUUGAAGUUGCAUUAUAAUAUAAAGAAAUAAAAGCCAUCAACGCUUAAA